GGAGGCUGUGAGCGGAAGUGACGUGGAGCAGCCGUGUUCCAGCUCCGGUCAGAGCUUCAUUGGCUGUUGUUGAGCAGCUUUAAUCCGAGCGGCUCGCGUUGCUGUCGGCUGGCGGAGGCAGGUCGGCCCGGUGCUCCCCGUCCAGGAACCCUCUGUGAUGUGAGCGAUGCUCUCUCGGCCACCAUGGCCAGUGUGACUCUGAGGUACUUCUGUUACGGUUGCCUGGUAACCUCCGCCACGUGGUCCGUCCUCCUGCUGCUCUACUUCUCUCUGGGGGCGGAGCCAGGCCGCGGCAGGACCCCCCUGCAGCACCGCAGCCAGCCAAUCACCAAGGGCCUGCUGGACCGGAGGGCGGGGCGUCGGCCGGUGGAGCUGUCGCCGGAGAUGGGGAUGAUCUUUAACGAGGAGGACCAGGAGGUGCGGGACACCGGCUACCAUCGACACGCCUUCAACGUGCUCAUCUCCAGCAGGCUGGGGUCCCACAGGGAGCUGCCCGACACCAGAGACCCCCAGUGCAGGGAGAAGGUGUACCCUGCGUCUCUUCCUGCUGCCAGUGUGGUCAUCUGUUUCUUCAACGAGGCGUCCUCCGCCCUGCUGAGGACCGUCCACAGCGUCCUGGACCGCACGCCGCACGCCCUGCUGCACCAGGUCAUCCUGGUGGACGACCACAGCACGCUGGAGGAGCUGAAGGAUGACCUGGACCGAUACGUCAGUGAGGAGCUGCAGGGGAAGAAGGUGAAGCUGGUGAGGAACCAGAAGAGAGAAGGACUCAUCAGAGGACGCAUGAUAGGAGCCUCACACGCUACAGGUGAGGUGCUGGUGUUCCUGGACAGUCACUGUGAGGUGAACGAGGCGUGGCUGCAGCCGCUGCUGGCUCCGAUCCAGCGUGAGCGCCGCACCGUGGUCUGCCCCGUCAUCGACAUCAUCUCCGCCGACACGCUGUCCUACUCGCCCUCGCCCAUCGUCAGGGGCGGCUUCAACUGGGGGCUGCACUUCAAGUGGGACCCCGUCCCCCCCGCCGAGCUCAGCGGGCCCGAGGGCGCCACGGGGCCCAUCAGGUCUCCCACCAUGGCGGGCGGCCUGUUCGCCAUGGACAGGAAGUACUUCAACGAGCUCGGCCAAUACGACGCCGGCAUGGACAUCUGGGGCGGCGAGAACCUGGAGAUCUCCUUCAGGAUCUGGAUGUGUGGGGGUCAGCUGAUCAUCGUCCCCUGCUCCAGAGUUGGACACAUCUUCAGGAAGAGACGACCGUACGGCUCCCCGGGGGGUCAGGACACCAUGGCCCACAACUCCCUGAGACUGGCCCACGUCUGGAUGGACGAGUACAAGGAGCAGUAUCUGUCCCUGCGUCCGGAGCUCCGUGACCGUAGCUAUGGCGACGUCAGCGAGCGCGUGGCGCUGCGGCGGCGGCUGCAGUGUCGGCCGUUCCGCUGGUACCUGGACACCGUCUACCCCGAGAUGCAGACCGUUGCCGCCGGCAACAAACAACAACAACCGCUGUUCGUCAACAAAGGACUGAGACGAGCCAAAGUCCUGCAGAGAGGACGGCUCAGGAACCUCUCAGCGGGACGCUGUCUGGUGGCUCAGGGCCGAGCCAGUCAGAAGGGCGGGGUCGUCGUCCUGAGGCCAUGUGACCCCCGAGACCCCGAACAGGACUGGGCCUAUGAUGAGGAGGGUCAGCUGGUUCUAGCUGGUCUUCUGUGUCUCGACGUGUCAGAGAUCAGAACCUUCGACCCCCCCAGACUGAUGAAGUGUCACGGCUCGGGGGGGUCACAGCAGUGGAGCCUGGGGAAGUCUAACCGUCUCUACCAGGUGUCGGUGGGUCAGUGUCUCUCUCUCGCCCAGCCCGUCGGCCCCAAAGGUUACGUCUCCAUGGCGAUCUGCGACGCCUCGCAGGCACAGCAGUGGCAGCUGGAGGCCUGAGCGAUGACAUCACCGGGCAGAGCGAUGACAUCACCGGGCAGAGCGAUGACAUCGCCGGGCUGAGCGAUGACAUCACACGGGCCCAGCGAUGACAUCACGCAUUUUUAAAGACAAUCAGGUUUUACUGACACUUUUUAAGGACUUGAAGCGAGCAGCAGAUUUUAUUCAGUUUUCAUGGUUUUAAAUUUCAUAUCAGACUGAAGACACGAGGCUGCAUGGAGGUCCUGGAUCAUCCUGGAUCAUCGUGGACUCCAGGGAGCAGCAGUGUUUAUUUAUUUUAAGGUUCAGAGACAGAAACUCUUUAUGUCAUUUCAUCAAUAAAUGUUGGACAAGUGA